GCGGGUGUACUUCCAACUUUGUAAAUUUGGUAACACUGCAGGUUUUAAUGCUGGAUACUCGGAUUUUGUGUCGUCGGUCGGAUAUCUGUCAUCCGAUCUGCCACCCCAGAGUCCCGCUGGUCCCAUUGGUACCAGUGCGUGAGGAGACAAAGACUCACAACUUCACCGAAGAGGAGCUUGCAGAGUACAAAGAGGCGUUCAACAUAUUCGACCGAGAUGGAAGCGGCGCAAUAAGUAACAAAGAGCUCGGCAUAGCAUUGCGAUCUCUGGGUCUAAACCCUUCCGAUGACGAGCUUACAAGGAUGAUACACGAAGUGGACAAAGACGGCAACGAGGAGCUUGAUUUUGAUGAAUUCUGCGAGCUGAUGAGCAAAACCAAGAAGGAUGUAACGAGCUACAAAGCCAUCGAAGAAGCGUUUAAAGUGUUUGACAAGGAGGGAAAAGGCAGCAUUCCGCGGGAGUAUUUCCGGCACGUUAUGACCACAAUGGGGGAGAGGCUAACCGACGAGGAGGUAGACGAGAUGCUUGACACGGCUGACGCCGACGGUGACGGGGAAAUCGAUAUUCAAGAAUUCACUUCAAUGAUAUCACAGAACUCGAAUAAAUAAAGAACAGAGACAUUUAAUGUAUCAUAUCGACGGACACAGCCAUAUGGUCAUGCACUAAGACAUCAUGACGAGUCCUACUAACAUUUGAAUUGUUUGAAGGAUUAUAUCAACUAUACUUUCAAUAUGCUUUGAAUGGAACACCAUACACGUGGUUUUACAAACCCAUAUUGCAAACCUCUAUGUUGCAUGUUUUGUUGAUACUUGCUUGUUGGAAAAGUUAAUUAGGUUGAUUUUUGGGGCAAAGAUAAAACUAUGUUUAACAAAAUUCUUUAGUAAGGAGACGCAAUAUAGCAAUAUUAAACAUAAUCACACUUACUUAAAUAUAAAAUAGUUCAACCAAAUCGACUUUCAGAUUAAAUGUUUUGCUUUUUCGAAUAUUUCCAUGAAAAGUGCUAUUUUUGUUUCUUUACAAAACAUGAAGGAAAGCAAAUUGCAAACAAAAUGGUAAUAUUGUUAAACAUUAAGCUAUGUUUAUGUAUUAAGCAUGGGGAAUAAGAAAUGCUUAUAAUACAUAAUACGAUUAGGGUAGGAUUUUUGGUAUAAAUUUAUGCACCGCCUCUCGCUGUAUAUUGUCUUCUCUAAUAUACCCAUUUUUUGACAAUGUACCGAUUUAUUUUUGAUGUUUAUAAUUUGAAUGACCUGUGACUUUGUUUUGUGUAUAUUGUACUGACAUUUCAUGUAUAAUCAUGGGCUUAUUGUCUACUGUAUUAUCAAAUAAACUGUAAACUUCAAUACAUACUUGUACCAUUUCGUUUGAACAAAGCUAUGGCCGUUUUCUGGCAUGUUGUUAAAACACGCAUCAAUAUAAUUUAUUUUAUACAUUACAUAAAUUGUUUAAUCCAUAUUGCGUCGCCACAUUUAAAUUGACUAUAUAACACAUGUCAAUAUUAUCGAACGAAACAAAUAGGAAUUUUAUUAGAAUUUCCCGUA